AUGCUCUCCAUAACGCCUCUAUCUCUAUCUGUUUUCAUUGCAUACGUCGGCUACAUUACGAUUUACAGAAUCUUCUUCCAUCCCUUACGCAGCGUCCCCGGUCCGUUCCUGGCACGCUUUAGCAAAUUAUGGCUUGUCUGGCAUGUUCGAAAAGGCAAAUCGCACAUCCAAUUCCCUGAAUUGCACGCCCAGUUUGGACCUAUAGUACGCAUUGCACCCAAUCAAGUCCUAGUAUGCGAGGAAGAUGCUGUCAAAACUGUUUAUGGAGCGGGAACAUCAUUUACGAAGGGAGAUUGGUAUCAGAUGUGUGCCGCACCGGACAAGAACUGGAAGCCCGUUGAUGAAGUCCUCGAUCUGUUAACGGAAACGAAUAUGGAGAAGUAUCGCAGGCAAAGAAGAGCCAUCGGCCCAGCUUACAGUAUCACGGGGCUAGAGAAGCAUGAAGAGCUGCUUGAUGCUUACAUCGAUAAAUUCGUUGCCAAAUUAGAAGAUCUGAGGGGGAAAGAGGUGGGCCUGGCAAAUUGGGGACACAUCUUCGCCUUGGACUCUAUGAGCCAAUUUACUCUAGGAAAGAGCCCUGGGUACACGGACAAAGGCAGUGACGAUGGAAACGAGGACGCCAGCCAUGCGCUUUGGCAAUGCUUUACAGUCAUUGGUCUCUUUCCCGGGUUCGUGAAGCUGAUGCACAGCAUACCGAAAAGCAUGAAGGAUGUGGAGCUACCCGCCAGCCGCCCUGGUUUUCCCCAAGAGUAUGGAAAGGACGUGGGAGUACCGGAGGAGAGAGGAGACAGCAUCGAAGAGACAGAUAUGCUGGCUACUUUGAUGCGUCUCCAUAACGAUAGAGAAGCGCGCUUUCCUCCUUCGUGGGUCCUCUCAAUCGCUCUUACCAAUUUUGGUGCUGGGCACGACACGCUGAUGUUCACGCUUUCUUCGGCCAUUUAUCAUACGUAUACGUCGCCGUCAAUUCUUGCCCGGUUACGCAAAGACAUGGAAAGCCAGGGCGUUACACGGAAAAGCAGAUAUUCUGAAAUCGUCGCCAGAGUACCAUUGCUCCUCGCCGUUCUGAGAGAAAGCAUGAGGCUCUGGCCUACGAUCGGGUGGUAUCUUCCUCGCCUCGUGCCCGCUACAGGAGUUACGCUGUGCGACACUUAUCUUCCUCAUGGUACUACUGUGGGAACGAGCCUCUGGACUUCUCACUUCGGCUCCGAAGUCUUCGCAGAGCCCCACAAAUUUGAUCCGGAUAGAUGGCUACCCGAUGGCACCGAGGAGAGGAGAAGAAAAAUUGGUAGAAUGGACAGCGUAUGGAUGGGUUUCGGAGGCGGAAGCAGAAGCUGUCCGGGACAGCAUCUUGCGAGGUUUUUCGUCAUCAAAGCGCUAGCUAGACUAGUCAUGAGCUGUGAUGUUGAGGUGAACGGAGAGCCGGAGAUUGGGGGCUGGUUUCAGUGCACGUUGACGGGCGUAGGUAUCAGUGUCAAGGAGAGGAAGAUGAAGUGAUGGGCUUUGUAAGUAAGCCAGGCCUGGAAGAAGAGAGCACGGAGAAUUUGUAACGCUGAAAAGGGGAAAGUGGAGCAGUGGAUGUCUCGCC